AUGCUAUCCAGAUUCUUCCUCUGUUCCUGCCUUCUAAUGAUUUUCAGAUUUUUUUUUCUUUCUUUCUUUCUUUUUUUCUUUUUUCUUUUUCUUUCUUUGUUUCUUUCUUCCUUUCUUAUUCCUUUUCCAAUGAUUUUCUUUCUUUUUUCGAGUUCCCUUGAUAAAAGUCGUCGAUCUCUUUAUUCUAAUGCUAUCCAGAUUCUUCCUCUGUUCCUGCCUUCCCACCUUUUUUUUUUCUUUCUUUCUUUCUUUUCUUUCUUUCUUUCUUUCUUUCUUUCUUUCUUUCUUUGCAUUCAUCAGAGCUCUUUUUCCCUCAUUCUUUCCUGCCUUUUCUCUCUGUUCCCUUCCUUCUUUCUUGAUGUUAUUCUUUCUUUCGUUUUUUCUUUCGUUUCUUACUUUCUUUCUUUCUUUCUUUCUUUCUUUCUUUCUACCACAUCUACAGAAAAUAUAAAACAAAAACGUAAACAAGUUUUUUAA